AUGAUGUCUGUACAGAGUACAGACGAAUGCUUAGCACAGGAGACUGCGACCAUACCCGAGGCCACAACAUCUUGGUCUUCACAUCUACAGUUUCAUCAGGUUCGCAGGACGGUGGGCCGCGGACUUCUUCGCACAAUUCAACAGUUCCGUACGCGACAAUCCUCCUUCGGUUUCCGGCGAGACCACAUCACGAAUUCCUUUCCUUUUGAAAUGGAGAUUUCCGUUUAUGUCAACGAAUGUUGGGGUGACUUUGAUCUAUUACUCUAUAUUCACGAUGACGACAACUGGAUCCUACAAUCUAAACCCACCAAAACAGAAUCCCAAUUUUCCGAUCACACACCCUCGUCUUUGGUCACACUCAAGUCAGAAUCUGAAUCAAGAUCACAAUCCUCAGGCCAUAUUAACGGGACAAUAGAGCAACACGUUGAUAUGCCUAGGUCAGACUCCAGCAUAGCCAAUAGUAGUCUUGAGAUCGGCAUUUUUUCUAAGGAGGAUCUAUACGCCAAUCAUUCAGUCACUAUCUGCAACCAUUCUUAUGACUUAGACUGGCUCUCCAGUUGGACUCUUUGUGAACGUGUCGGCAGACUUGGCGUGAGUUUACCGAUUUGUUGGCAUAUUUUCUUAUUAGUGCUGGCAUAUUAA